AACUGUGUAACAUACACACAGAGAAAGUGCAAGUGAAGUACGGGGUUCAAAACCAGUUGUGGGAGGACUGUUUUCAACAGAUGGUCUUAUUAGAUCAGACACUGAACAACUGAAGAAAUGUUUCACAUGUUUGUUUUGUUCUGGUUGUGCUGGUGGAGUCUGAUCAGUGUUUUUGUUGCUCUGAAAGAUGAAAUACAGUCAGUGUCAGUGAUAGAGGGAAAUUCUGUCCUUUUACCCAUGGAUGUUACUGAAAUACAAAAAGACGACAAUAUACUGUGGAAAUUUGGAGCUGGACGUAUUCUCAUAGCUAAAAUCAACAGACAUAAGAAAAACAUUUCCACAUUGGAUGGUCCUGACGGGAGAUUCAGAGACCGACUGAAGGUGGAUCAACAAACUGGAUCUCUGACCAUCACAAACAUCACAACUCAACACGCUGGAGAUUAUCAACUACAGAUAAUUGGUGCAAAAUGGUUAUCAAAAACAUUCAAUGUUUCUGUGUAUGGUCCUCUACCCACUCCAAACAUUACCAGAGAUUAUUCACAAAAUCUUUCAUCAUCAUCAUCUUCAUCAGAGCAGAAUUGUUCAUUGUUGUGUUCAGUGGUGAAUGUGGGUCAUGUGACUCUCUCCUGGUACAAAGGAAACAGUUUAUUGUCCAGCAUCAGUGUGUCUGAUCUCAGCAUCAGUCUCUCUCUACCUCUGGAGGUGGAAUAUCAGGAGAAAAACAGCUACAGCUGUGUGAUCAACAAUCCCAUCAGAAACCAGACCACACAUCUUGACAUCACUCAACUCUGUCACACACACCCAGCCUCAGUUUCUCUGACAGUGUUGAUUUCUGCUGCUGGAUCUCUGUUGAUUGUAGCUGCAGUCGUGAUGUGCUGCAUCUGCAGGAAAUGUAGAAAAACUGCAGUUAAGACACUGGAGGAAGACAAAACUGAUUCAUUAAAAUCUCAAAAACCGAAAUUAAAGGCAGAUGCUGUGUAUCAAAAUGUCCCCAAAAAACGAUGAUUAUACUGUAUCUACUGGAAAUGAUGCCAGACUACAUAUGGGACAACACCUAACUUUUGGCUUUAUUCACAUUUAUUCUCUGCAGUAUUUCUGUUCAGUCUUCACUCUUUGUAUCACAUCUUUUGCUGUUCAAGUGAUGUCUGCAUUUUUGUUUUAAUAUAGUGGUUCAUCAGUAUAUAGCAUAGCAUCCAAAAACUCAACUAAAAUGUGCUAUUUUGUGUUUAUCAUAUGGAAAUAAACCUAAUAUUUAUUGUUAAAUGUUAAUCACACCCAUUAGGUGUGCUGUCAUGUCAUUGUCUGCUAUUUACCAUUCUUGUUUUAUUCUUUUUGGAAGAAAUUAAACUGUAUAAUAAGUGUAUUGCAUAUUGGAUUAUAGUUUCAUACACAAUAAGCUCUGAUUGAUUAUUUGAUAAACGUAACACAAGCACUACAGUUCUCUCUGGUACUCCAAGCAGAAAAUCACAUCUCUCUAACAACAGCACAACUCACAUCUGAUACAGUGCAUUAUAGAUGUUGCCUGAAAAAAAAAUGUAUGGUUCAACCACUAGAUGACUGUAUGGCGGUUUAAUAGAUAUAGGCCACAUGUGUAUAGCUGUAGUCUAACCCACUAAAAUAAAUAUGUGACCCUGGACCACAAAACCAGUCUUAAGUAGCUGGGGUAUAUUUAUAUUUUUAGCAAUAGCCAAAAUAUAUUGUAUGGGUCAAAAUGAUAGAUUUUAAGUAAAGCCAAAAAUCAUUAGGAUAGGAUAUUAAAUAAAGAUCAUGAUCCAUAGAGAUAUUUGGUAAAUUCCCUACCGUAAAUAUAUCAAAACUUUAGAUCGAGUCAGUGCCUUGCAGUCUCUGUGUGACUGAGACUUCUCACCUGCUCACUGGCUCACCAGCUCACCAGCUAAUGCUCCACGCAUCUUGCUUGUUGCUGUUGUUGGCAAAUAAACUGUGUUCCACUUGCAACUGGAUUUUGUGUAAUAAUUGCAUGACAGAAUGAUCUGUCCAGUAUGGAUCCAGCAACUGUUGCGGAACUGAGAGACAUUCUCACCAACAGCAAAACUCGUUUUGCACAGCAGAGAGCAAAUCAUGGCUACCGGUCUUGUGGUGCAGGCACUUAUUACACAAGUCUCAGAUCUAACCACCCAGGUUUGACAGUUAAAGCUGAUCCUGCCCAACAGCCCACUGCGCUCAAUCCCCCGACUGUUUCACAGGUGGAUUUCACCAACUGGCCUGUUGAGCUCCAUCUACCACCUCCGACUGUCUACUCUGGUUAGCCCCUGUAAUGUCGUUCAUUAUUGACUACACGUUCUCUUCACAUGGCUCUCCAGCAUUCGUCUUUUCCCACAGAGGAUUCCAAAGUGGCUUUUUGUCAUCACUCUGCUGUCUGGACGAGCAGCUCUCUGAGGAACAAUAGUGUAGGAACAAGGGCAACAUUGUUGUUCAUCUUUCCAAUUAUUUUUGGAGGAACUCAGGAAAGUGUUUGAUCAGGCUGCAUCUGGCAGGGAGGGGGCGAGGGAACUGGCUGAGUUACGUCAAGGAGAUCGAUCAGUUACAGAUUACUCUAUCAAGUUUUGCACAUUGGCAGUGGAAUGUAAAUGGAACCAGGAAGCUCAGUGAAACAUGUUUAGGCAUGGGUUGGCCAACCAUAUAGUAAAAAUUUACACUCUGGAAUUCCCCACUUCACUAGACGGACUGAUCGAUCUGGCCAUCUGAGUGAAGACUAAGUUACAUCAGCACCGAUUCUCAGGUAUGGUGGAGAAGACAACCUAUCAUCGCUUCGAUCCUGAACCCAUGCAGGUGGGCAGAGCUCACCUUUCUUGAGAGGAGAAGGAGAGGCACUGGAACCAGUGGAUCUGCCUAUACUGUGGUACUGCUGGUCACAUUGUAGAGCAGUGCCUGGUAAAAACAAGAGCCCAUCAAUAAGAAGGAGGCUACUGAUGGGCGGAGUCACCAUUCAAAAGUCCUCUUCCAUCGUAACUAUGAUCCCGGUUCAACUGCAGAGGGGCCAGGACUUGUAAAGCCUUAGUGGACUCUGGUGCAGAGGGCAAUUUUUUUGAUUGCAGGACAGCACUUAACCUGGGUAUUCCUGCAGUUUCACUUAAUCCACACAUCUCAGUCAGUGCCCUCUGCGGUCAGUUGCUGCCACCCAUCACUCAUGUCACUGAGUCAGUGAGUCUCAUCACUUCGGACACCACACUGAGACUAUUUCUUUUUAUUUGACUGAUUCUCAAUUGGCUUCUGUGGUUUUGGAUCACCCUUGGCUAGUGUUACACAACCCCAAUAUAAACUGGCACCAGAGCAUAGUCUCAUCCUGGAGUGAAUAUUGUCAUGCAUUUGUUUGUUGUCUGCUUGCUCUUCUAUGUCUUGUUCUGUGUUACAGGAUGAACAUGUGGAUCUGUCAAAUGUACCCACUGAGUAUCUUAACCUGAAGGGACUGUUCAGUAAGUCCCGGACUGCUUCGUUGCCUCUGCAUCGAUCUUAUGAUUGUGCAAUAGAUUUAUUGUCAGGUAGAAGGCCAAAAAGCAGAUUAUACUCACUUUCCGUACUGGAAAAGGAGGCCAUGGAGAAAUAUAUUUCUGAUUCUCUGACAGCCAAGAUCAUCUAUCCUCUUUUUCCUGCAGGCAUGCAAUUUUUCUUUGUGGAAAAGAAAGAUGGUUCCCUGCAUCCUUGUAUUGACUAUCGAGGGUUAAAUAGUAUCAUGGUAAAGAAUACCUAUCCUCUGCCAUUGAUGUCUUCAGCCUUCUAGAGUCUGCAGGGUGCUUCCUUUUUCACAAAGUUGAAUCUUCGCAAUGCCCAUAAUUUGGUCCGCAUAAGGGAUGGGGAUGAAUGGAAAACCGCUUUAAAUACCUUCAGGGGGCAUUUUGAGUAUCUUGUUAUGCCAUUCGGGCUCUCUAAUGCUCCAGUGGUUUUCCAUAUGGUUGAUUCUUUCCAGGAACAUGUUCAGUGUGUCAGGGUAGCGCUUCAGAGGCUGCUAGAGAAUGGGCUUUUUGUCAAGGCGGAGGAAUGCAUUUUUCAUGCACAAAAGUUUAUUUUUUUUAGGGUACAUCCUGUCAUCCAAGGGAGUACACAUGGAUCCCAACAAGGUUCAGGCUGUGGUAGAUUGGCCAACUCCGGGUUCCCGCAUGGCCCUGCACAGGUUUCUUGGCUUUGCAAAUUUUAACCAGCAUUUAAUUAUUAGCAAUUACUGCCAGCUGUAAGCUGAUGGUAAGUUUCACCCAUGUGCGUAUUAUUCUCAUCGUUUGUCUGCUGCCAAAUGUAAUUAUGACACUGGUAAUAGAGAGUUGCUGACAGUUAAGCUCGCUUUGUAAGAAUGGCAUCAUUGGUUAGAGGGUUCAGAGGAACCUAUCAUAGUCUGGAAUGACCAUAAGAACCUUGAAUACAUCAGUUCUGUUAAAAGGUUAUAUUCUAGGCAGGCUCGGUGGGCCUUAUUUUUCAGUCUUUUUCAUUUUUCAAUUUUUUUAUCAUCCAGGCUCUAAGACCAGAUGCUUUAUCCCGUAUUUAAAAAAAAAAAUCUGAACGCCUGUUGUCUCCCGAGUCCAUCAUGCCAGAUGACAUUGUGGUAUUUGCAAUGCCUUAACUGAUGAUUACAAUCGCCAGAACAAGGUUCCUCUGGAUGCACCAGGAGGUGCUCCUAGGAGGAGGGGUACUGUCAUGGUUCAUGGAUCUGUGUGUUCGUUCUGCAUGUCUAUUUCUCGUUACCUGUCUGAUUGCUUUUUCAGUGUUGCUUAGGCAACCGUGGGGCUGAUGAACUAAUCAUCAUGGCUGCACCUGAUGCUUGUUCUGUCAAAUAAACUGUAAUG